AUGAAGGACAGCCCGGACGGGAAGCUAGAGAACUCAAUCAAGUUUCGUGCGGACAUCAAUCAUGUCGAAGACAACCAUGUCAGCGUCUUCAGCGAACAACGUGACGAUGACGGGGACCCGGUAGUCUCGCUUUUGUUACAACGGGGGCUCAUUGAACGAGGUAUGGGACCGCAUGAUAGCAUCGAAGAACGGGUUUGCUUUUCGGACGUUGGUGUGCAUGCACUAGGGGUAAUGCUCAUGUCGAAUUCUACAAGUUUCCCGUCCUCGCUACGACAGUGUGCACAUCAUGAUGAUGGUGGCAAGAGCAAGAACUUGGACUCAAAACAGUCUGAUUGGGGCACUCAGUCAUUGGUGUCUAAAACCACACUGAGGUUCACCAAAGAUGGCAAGUUGAAGGCUAGUAGGGAACCCAAACGCCAGCGCAAUCGUUCUCAUGAAGAUCUUUGUGAUGGUGGUGAAUGUCAUCCCACCUUUGAAGCUGCUAUGUCCCAGAUGAAACAGGAGGGACUCAUAACAGAGUCAACGGAUGGCAGCCUUGUACUUACCGAUCUGGGCCGCGAAGUGCAUUUAGGUUUAUGA